AUGAACAAAUGCAGCACUUUGAAGGUCGAUUCCAAAAACUGGAAGGCAUGCAGAGUUGCUCUACCUUGGCAAAGCAACCAAAAGAGUUUCGAGGUACAAAUUCCAAUUUUAAAGUGAGGUUGUGUCGGACCAUGAGGAACUAUAUGUAUGUCGCUGUUGACUAUCAGUGAUCGCCAGGCAAAAUUCUCUCUUUGGCAUUAGUCAUUUUUGUUUUGUAUCUCUCUGCAGUAAAGCCUAACACGCAAGAUGAAGUAGCAUAAAAAGUUAGGUCCUAAUCCCUCAUUUUAUUCUUUUGGAUUCCUCAGAAAGGAAUCUUAUUGUAUAAUGGAAGAUUGUAAGUUGUUGCCUUUUUCUUGCACCUAUAUAACUAUCCAACUCAAGGAAUUAUCUUUAAUGGGCGGGACUAUCUGUGGUUGAGUACAAAAUAGGAAUGAAUUUCCAGUGACCCACUUUAUCACAAGAACCCAUUAUUCUCGAGGGUACAUAAAUGAGACUUACAUGCUUUAUCAGACACUUGCUAAUAUCUUAUGCUUCCAGGACUAACAUUUGAUCUAUUGUGCCCAUGUAAUAAAAGUUCAUUUACCUACAUCAAACAGUCGUAACUAAGAUAAGAAAUCGAAUGUAUCACUUAAUUUGGGUUGCAUUCUUUGAGAAGGAUUCUCUCUCUGUAUCAAUGUUGUUUGUACUUGUGUGUUUGUUUAUUUAGUGCAAUAGUGCAUUACAAUGUGUUAUACAAACUAUGCAUAGUGCUUCAAAUUCAUUCAUUGAAGAGGAUCGAACUGACUUAUGACUUAUGACUUAUCCUUUACAUUGGAAAAAUGAUCCAGUAGUUUGUCAAAUUAUGGUGCUACCUCUCUUCCAUAUUUUAUGGCAAGAUGAAUUUGGAAUGACGUUCUUCAUGAAAAUUGAAGAAUUAAUGGGUCAUUGAGUGUCAAGCCUACACAUAAAUGGAUAUGAUAGUGCUUUAAUCAUCAUUUCUGUUUGGGAAAGUUCAAAAUUUUUUCCUAGCAAGCAGCAUAAAUAGUAUUUAUGGAAUAACAAAUACCAAUAUUGGUCUUUAUAGAUCCUGGGUUCAUGUUUCUUUAUAUGCUUAAAUCCCUAAUAUAUGUUGAAAGUAUUGAAAAGUUGCACUAGAUGAGUAAAAAUUUAUCUGGAAAGAAGAAGAAAACAUGGACACUGUUUUUUUGACAAAAUCAAUUUCAUUUUUCUGGUCAUAGUGUAACAUGGUUCAGAGGAAUAUUGAAGCCUGAGAUUUGUCACAGUGGUGCCUUAUGUAAAACUAGAUUUAGAUAUGGAUUUUUUUCUGAUCUUAAUACUCAGUUUUCAUGUAUGGAGAUAGCUAACUAUUUUCCAGGUACUAAAGUAGUGAUGGACCGUGGGGCUAAUCAUGACUUGCAUCCAGGACCCAUAGAUGAGUCUGUGCUGACUCUGCAGUAUGAUCAUAGGUCCACAGCCAUAUGGCGUGGUCAAGAAUUUGAGCCACUUACAUGUAGAAGGUGUGAUGGUGCAUUCUGGCGAUUAGGUGAAUUAGAUUCUCGUAUACAGUGCUUGAUGAUCCAAGCUGGCUUCUAUGGUGUGUAUAAGGCGGGUCAUAUACAAUUAGAUCAUGCUUUAAUCACAGCACUUGUUGAGAGAUGGCGCCAAGAAACUCACACGUUUCAUCUUCCUGUUGGUGAGGCUACUGUCACUCUACAGGAUGUCUCUAUCAUGUGGGGCCUCCCAAUUGAUGGUGAGCCAGUGACUGGGCAUGAUAUAGCUCGGACCACAGAGGAGUGGCAAGAAAUGUGUGAGGAACUAUUAGGAUUUAGACCGCCAUUGAGUGCUUUUGACAGUGGGCGCCUUAAACUGAAAUCCAUAGAGGACCAUUUUGAGGUUGAGCCAUUACAGCCAGAUGCCCCAGAUCAUGUAGUGCAAUUCUUUGCUAGAGCACGCAUACUACAGCUUCUUGGUGGUUUAUUGCUGCCAGAUGCAUCAAAUAAUAAGGUAAAACUAAUGUUUUUGCCUUUGUUAAGGGAUUUUGAGGCAGCUGGCAAGCUUAGUUGGGGUAGUGCUGUCCUUGCUUCAUUAUACCGUGCUCUAUGUCGGGCUACUAAAUCAAAUGUAGAUGGUGUAUGUGGGCCUCUAGUUCUUCUACAGUUAUGGGCAUGGGAGAGAAUACCGCUCAUCCGUCCUGAGAGAUUAGCCCCUCGACAGCAGCCACCAUUUUUUGUGGGGGACGGAGAUCAGCCUUUACCUGCUGGACCUUAUGGCGCUAGGUGGGAUGUUGGAUUUAAGCUGGAAAAGGUGGGAAUGCAUGUCUUGGUUGUGUACAGGGACAUGUUGGACUGCAUGAAGGAUGACCAGUUUGUAUGGCAGCCCUAUGCAGAUAUCAUCACCAGUUUGCCUGACUGCUGCUUAUCUGGACGUGAUAUUUGGCAAACAGUUUCACCUCUUAUAUGUUUUGAUGUCGUAGAACUGCAUUAUCCAAACCGUGUGUUACGUCAAUUUGGUCAGCACCAGGGUAUCCCCGCCGAAUGUGACACUAUUAAGGAACUCCAUUCCGUUGAUCGACGGGGAAGACAAAACACUGAUUGGGUCCAACACCACAAGCAAUAUGUGGACAUGUGGGCAGACCGCCAUGCCCGUGUAGUCUGUGAAUCCCCAGUUGAUGGUCCUAUGGAUUAUUCAGAUCCAUAUAUGAUUUGGUACAGGCGGAUUACCCGUCUACUAAUUGGCAACCCUGCAAAUCGUACAGACAGUGGAUACCAAGGAGUUGGGGGCGUUAUUGAGCUCAUGGCUCAGAGUUUACAACGGAUCUAUUAUCGCUGUAGUGAUGCAAUAGAUCAGGGGGGUGAAGUUUCCAGAUCUGACAUCCUGAGGGAAAUCCAGGAUUUAUGUAAACAUGCUCUAACUGGAGCUCAUGAAGAUCGACGCCUUACUCUGCGACCAGAUCUAGCUCAACCAGCUCCAAUAGCCGCUACCAUUGUUGGUCCAUCACAGGUUAAGCGGCGUAGACCCCGGAGAGGAGGAAAAAUGGGAUUAUCAAUUGGUGAUCGACUAGCAUUCAACUCUGCAGACAUUUCCUCACCUUAUGCGUCAACUCCAUCUUCUUCACUGGCACCACCAUACCAUUCCCCAACACACUCUCAUGAAGUCUUUACACCAGACGCAGAACCAUAUGUUGCGCUGUCUGCAUCUGCAGCACCUGAAGUUGCUCAUGAAGAUUUUUCAUCAGCUGAGCAUUUAGUCACUGUGGGCAUACCCGUAGAAUCCAAGGUUGAACCAGACACUUCAUUAGCUGAGCCUGUGGACACCAUGAAUGUAGCCACAUCCGACGUUUCAAGACAUGAUUCUUCAUCAAUACCCCCAGUCCUGAAUACCACACAGCCCAACAUUUUAGAAUUGGAUAACAUGGUUGGAGCAAUUGCAACAGAGCCAUCGACUGAGAUGUUUGUUACACUGAACUCAACAGUCGAGGAUGAUUUAAUUAUGUCCUGUUUGGAGAAUUCUCAGCGCCCAAAACUGAAGAAAAGAAAGGCCAAAAGUUGACAACUACAGAGAAGAACCCCAGUUCCCAUCUUUUCUUUGCUAAAGUAGUUUGAAGUUGAAGUGAAGUAGAAUCCUUCAUUUCUGUUUGCAGAGUGAAUAUGUUAGUGGCUCUCUAAUUAUCCAUGCAUAUUUUUUGGUUGUUACAUGUAAUUAUGGUUCUUUUUCUUACAGCUGAGUUUCAGCUUUUUACUUUCUUUUUUUCUUUUAUUAAUUUCUUCUUCUUCAGAACCGUUACAUUUUCUGUGAAGUAUCAUUUUCUUUC